CCCUUUGUAGCUUUCCAAGUGAUGUUUUCUUAUCAUGACCUAUAUUAGAAGUGGUAGCGAGUCAUAGCUAGCAGGCUGUCAAUCAGGAAUUAAAAACGGACUGGCUGUUAUUUUACUUAAAAACAUAUAAACACAUUUUGCAAAAUUUGCUUCUCAGCACGAGCGACGCCGACUGGACUGGUUGCAUUUCAAUGGAGACGCUUUCAAAAACAGCUGACGCUGAUGCUACGCGGGAAAGGGAGCCGCCAGCCCCCAGGGGAGUAGUAUCUGACAGCUUUUCACUCCCAUCUUAUAAGGACUACCCUCCUCACCGUCCAUUCAUCAACACACUUUUGCAUCACACACCCAAAACACGCUCGCAUCAGCCUCGUCGCUCCUCGUCGCCCGGAAAUGCCUUCCCAGAGACCAGCAGCGCAGAGAUCUUAUCUGCCCUGAGGAACCUCCAGGAGAAGAUUAUGAGGUUGGAGCUGGAGAAAGGACAUGCGGAGCGCGGUCUGCACGCUGUGGGGCAAAACGUUCCGUACGCACCUCUGCAGAGGGAGGAAGUCGCACAGAGACUCUCGGGGGAUCACGGAGAGCCAGAAAGAGAAAUAAGUGGAGAAUCCAACAAUAACCAAGUGUUGAUCACUCACCUGGCCGCUGCAGAGUCUCGCUGUUUGAAGCUGGAGCGACAACUGGAUCACAUGAGGAGGAUGUUGCGAAGUGCCAAGGCCGAGCGGAGCAGCCUGCUCAGACAGCAGGUUUCCAUGGAGACAGCCAGGUCAGCCGAAAAGCAGCCUGACACAGUUUGUGAGCAGGCCCAGCUGGAGACGCUGGAGCGACUGGAGCAGGAGUACCUUAGGCUGACACACACACAGAAUAACGCUGAGAUGAAAAUGCGGCAGCUGGAAAUAAAACUACUGGAGGAGGAGCAUCAGAGAAAGCUGGUGCAGGAUAAGGCCAAUCAGCUGCAGACAGGUUUGGAGACCAACAGGAUCCUGCUGCAGUCAGUGUCUCCCUGUCUGUCCAGCAGACCGUCCAAAGAGAAGAAGUCUUACUCCAAGAAGUCUUCUCCACAGCACUCGUCCUGCACACAGCCACACUACAGACUGAGCCUCAGAGAUGUACCCUUCGUUGCUGGAACGUCUGUAGGCUGCAGCCACUCAGUCCGAGCGAACGUCCAGUCAGUUCUGUCCCUCCUGAAGCGACACCAGCCACACCUCUGCAACCGCCGCGUCCUCUCCAGCGACGCCAACGGCCACGAGACGGGCUGCCGCAGGCCCUCGGACGCCUCCUCUUCUUCUGCCUCCGCUAGCGGGGGGGAGCUGUCCGAGCUGCUGCAAGCACUAGAGGAGGAGCUGAGACUCAUGAGCCUGGAGCGGGACGAGCUGACGGGGCAGGUGGAGGCCAGCGUUACGGACCAGGAGAGAAAGGAACUUCAGAGGGAGCAGGAGAGGCUGCUGCAGAAGAUGGAGAGGAAAGGAGAACAGAUCAAUAAGCUCCACAAACACAGAACACACAUAAAGAAGUUAAGAAAGGAAGCUAAUUCCAGGCGGAGCUGUGGGAGUGAGCGGAGGGUGGCCUCCACAACGUCCGCUAGAGGUCGCUGUCCUGCGCCAGUCAAAGUUGGACCAGGAGAAAGAAGCAAGGGGAACCUGAGGCUGCUGAGGGACAUGAGGGCUCUGCAGACCUCAUUACGCACCUGAACACACCGCGUUUAGUUCAAAUACCUAUAUUUGGCCCCUAUUUCAGUUCAUGCAUGUAUGACUUCUGAUCCCUUUGUAAAAACAUAUUGUUUUUUUCCUACUGUAUUAUGAAAAUGAAAUGCAUCUAAACAGACCUAAGUUUUCUCUACCGGUCCACCCAAAGUGCAUUUUGUCAGUUUCUUUCUCUUAGUCAUCCGUCCGUUGACUUUUCAGAAUAAUUUAAAGAAAGAGUCUGCUUCAAAUUAUUAUUGACUAAUCUGCUGUAUAUUAUUGUACAAAGUGAGAUCCACUUUGUGUUUAGGCCUUUUAUCCGAAAGUGGCCUGACAGCUGUCAAAGAUUCAUUGAAACCAGGAAAAUAGUUUAUUGAUUUUUAAGAAAUGGAAAGUGAAAGAAUGUUUUAUAAUAAUGGACAACCUGGACUUCUAUGAGUCUUAAUAGUUUUUUGUUUUUUUUUUAAUAAGGGAGCUAAUUUCUUCUGGUACUACAACAUCCCUGGAUUGAUUGAUGGUUACAGAUUCUAACGUAUUAACUACUCACACAUAUUCAUCGACUGGAUGCAGCCGCUGCCGUUCAAAGAAACCGCAAUGAUGAAAUAGUUUGAUACACAUUUCUGCAAUUUGACUAUUCUUAUCCUUCCUACAAAUGUAUUUCUCCAAGGAAUAAAGUAUUUGGGGUUGCUCAUGA